AGUUGAAAAAAAGAAAUCAACUUUAAAUUUUGGAUUUCUACAAAAAAAAAAAAGAAAAAAAGAUACUAAUAACAAAAGGAAGUGUUAAAAUUUCAAAGUAGAAAAAAAAGAAGAGUAUUUAUAGGCAAUGAAAUGAGGCACUUUGAGGAAUACAGAAAUAUUGAAAAAUCGAACUCGUGGACACGACUGAAUGCUAAAACUAUAGGAAGAUCGUUGUGCGCUGCACUUUAUCUUCACCCGUAUCGGGUCCUAUAUGACGUAUGAGUUUGCAACCUGCUCCCGCUUUCGUUAACUUGUCACUUUGUCAUUCCCCGAUCGGCACUCGACAACGACGUGAGGGGUCGGGUCGAAUUCUCCACGACGUGUGUUUUGUCUUUUCAACAUCAUCGACAGACUUUAUCAUUUCUACGUCAACUAGACGACGAAUUUUUUCUAUUUUACUAUUUUUUGAAUAAAAAAGAAAAAAAAAUACAAAAAAAAAAUGGGUCCCGUCGAAACGUAUCAUUUCCUUGUCGAUGAAAUUUCAGAUCCGAGAGUGGCUGACUGGCCCCUCAUGUCUGGUCCACUUCCCAUAGCACUGAUUGUCGGAGGGUAUCUUCUCUUUGUUUUGGACCUAGGACCUCGAUUAAUGGCAAAUCGAGAGCCAUAUAAACUUCACAACAUUAUGAUUGGUUAUAAUGUCAUUGUUGCCAUAGCAAGUGCUGCUAUUUUUUACGGGUUACUCACUUCCGGAUUUACAACGUCCUUGUCAUGGGGUUGCGAGCCAGUGGAUUUUUCCAAUAGUCCAGAACCACUUAACAUGACUAAGUGGGUUUGGCGAGUAUUGUUAUUAAAGAUUGCCGAAUUGGGGGAUACGAUUAUUUUUAUUCUACGGAAGAAAUACAAUCAAUGUUCUUUUCUUCACGUUUAUCAUCACGCUGCUACAGCUGUUUUAGCUUGGAUUGUCUGUAAAUACGCACCAGGAGGUAUGUGGACCUUCGUCAUGAUGCCUAAUUGUCUGGUGCAUGUGAUAAUGUACACCUACUACCUCCUCGCUGCUUUGGGUCCGAGAAUUCAAAAGCGACUCAAUCCAUUCAAGCCAUAUUUAACAAUUCUACAAAUGAUGCAGUUUGUAAUAAUAAUAAUUCACACAACACAGGCUUUGAUGCCGUCAUGUGAGCCACGACGAAAGCCAUUGGCAUGUCUGUACAUGUUUCAUGUUCUCAUCAUUUUCUACAAUUUUUGGGAUUUUUACAAGAAGGCUUACUUGAAGAAGAAAAUAGUCUAAGAAACAAAUUUCCCCUCCUAUUGAUAUUUAAGAAAUAUAAAAUAAUUUUUAAAAACUAAAAAAACUGCGGACGAUGGUGACAACUUAAUUUUUUUCUUCCAUCGAUUCCUGUCAUCCAAACAAGAAAAAAAAAUGAGGCUGGGAAUUAUUUCUCCAAAAGUUUGUUGUCUUUUUUUGCUUCAUCGCUCACGGAUGAUUCAGUGUAAAAACAAUUUUAUUAUUUUGUACUUUAAGAGAAAAUUUAUCAAGAAACAGUAAUUUUUUUCAUUAUCUUCAAUAAAAAGUAGUUUGUAAAUUUUUA